UUAUGCUAGUCAAAAUUUGUUGUUGAUGAUGAAGACAACAAAAAAUAUAUCCUUUCCAGCCUUGGAAAGAAAUGGCGAGAUGCACGACGUAGGUUGUUUAAGAAAUUUUAUAAGUGGGAUCUUUCUUUGGAGGAAAAUCUACAAAAUUAUCCACGUUCUAUUAAUGAAGACCAUUGGACUAUUUUUGUCCAAUACAGGCGUAAGACAGAUACAAUGGAGAAGGCUGAUAAAAAUGCUGCAAAUAGAGAAAAGCUAACAAUCCUUCAUACAUUAGGCUCUAAGACGCUUGCAAGGAAGAGGGAUGAGUUGGAACUGAGAGAUGGUCGAAAAUACAGUAGGGGUGAAAUGUAUUCAAUUUGUCAUAAAAAGUCUGAUGGGUCAUUUGUCAACGACGAAGCCAAGGAAAAAUAUGAACAAUUGCAAGCUGAAAUUGGGAAGACUCCUUCUCCAAAUGAAGCAUUUGUUAAUGUGUUUGGAAAAGAACAUCCUAGAUAUGUUCGUUGUAUGGGACUUGGAAUAACACCGUCACAAAUUACUACAUCUACUUCUCACUCUGUAAGAUCAACAUCUUCCUCUGAAGCUAAUGAAAAGAUGGAGAAAAUGCAAGUUGAAAUUGAUAGGCUUAAGAAAAGAGAUUUUGAAGUUGAUAUGUUGAAGGAGCAAAUUGCUUUCUUGAUGCAAAUGCAAAAUUCUAGAGACAAACAGAUAAAAUUGUUUUCAUAG